UCUGCCAGUCCGUGUGUCGCUGUGGUGGAGGCAGGAAGCCGCAGUCUGAGCUCCAUGGAGGCCGAGAUCCUGAAGAUCGUGUGCGCCAACCAGGGCGCGGUGGGCACCGACGACCUCAUGUACAACCUGUACCCGGGGGACUCGACCACCGUGUCGCAGGUCAUCUGCAACCCGGACAAGUUCGUGCUGUGCUGCCCGAACGGACAGCCGACGGUGGUGGCCCGGGCCCGGCUGCGGCUGUGCAGGGCCAAGGACUGUCCCGGGUCCUGCCGGAGCCUCCACCUGUGUCAGUUCUACCUGUUCAAGGGCUCGUGCGGCUUCUCUCUGCUCAGGAGAGGCUGCAGCUUCUCCCACGAGCUGGACUCCGACCACAACCGGACGGUGCUGGCAGAGCUGGAGCUGGACACUCUGAACCUGUACGAGCUGCGAACUCUGAUGCUGCAGAGCGACAACACGCUGCUGCCGCCCAUCUGCUUCAAUUACAACAACGGUCACGGAGAGUUCGGCCGCUGUCAGGACGGCGACGCUUGCAAGCGGCUCCACAUGUGCGAGAAGUUCUUCAGCCACGACUGCAGCUGCUACAGGAACCACGACUUUAACGCUCCACAGCCGCUACGAGUCCUGCAGGAGAAAGGCAUCCCCGACACCCUGUUUCACUCGCUGAAGGCCGCCUACGCCAAUAAAGACGCCCUGAGGGUCUCCGACAACAAAAGCGGCAAGGGCCACUGGGGCGAUGGUGGUGGAGGGAGAGGGAGAGGGAGAGGACGAGGUGGCAACAGGGGCAGUCGGGGCAAUCGGGGAAACAGGGGGACCAGAGGGACCAGAGGAAGCCAUGGCAACCAACCAAGGGAGCAACGAGCCGCUUCCCUCGGCGACAUCCUCGCCAACAUCGACACCUUGGAUCUGUACGGCGCCGAUGGAUCGUCUGACGGUGAGGCGUCCAUCGCAAGCAGCGAAGGCGGAGGACAGAAGGAACGUCCGAACACAGCUUCCGCGGCUGUCAGAGGAAGAGGCGGCAACAGGGGCAACAGGGGCAACCGGGGCAACCGGGACAACUUUCAACAGCUACCAAAGAACCGCUCCACGAGCGACAUUUUCGCUGCCGCCAACAACGAAGCUGCGAACGGCGACGAUGCUCCGAACAGAAGACAAAGGCCUGUCAGAGAUAAAACCGAGAUCUGCAUGUUCUUCAUCAAAGGACACUGCAUCCAUGAGGAUCGCUGUUUCAAAGCUCACGACAAGAUGCCGUACAGAUGGGAGGUGAAAGAGGGCGAGCAGUGGACCGCCAUGUCCGAGAAUGAGGCGAUUGAGAAGGACUACUGCGAUCCGAAAAACACAUACAGUACCACCAGCCCCGCCGUGCACUUCGACACGAUGACCAGUGGAGCCAACAAAGUGCGUCGUCUCUCCACCCUGAACUCUGUGGUCGAGCCGACUUACAUCCACACCACCGAGUGGCUUUGGUACUGGCAGGACGACUCCCAGAAGUGGAACAAGUACGCUUCAGAUAUUGGUGAACACCGGCCGUCAGACAUCGACAGCGCCACUCUGGAGCAGAAGUAUCUGGAGAACAAUAAAGGCGUGUUGGAGUUCAAAGCUGGUUCGCAGAUGUACUCGCUCAGUUUCCAGGACAUGAUCCAAACAAACAAACACUACGGCACUAAGAGGGUUGUGAGUCGACGUCCUCGCUUUGUUUCUGCUGCUGAUGUUCAAGCAAAGAAACUGACAAGAAGAGGUCCAGCGAAUUCCGCCCCAGUGCCAGACACCUGGGACAAGACUCAGAUCCCCGCCAAAGGAUGCGCGAAAAUACCCCUGCAGAGCACCUCGGAUGAAUUUAAGAUGGUGGAAAAUCUUUUCUGCAAAACCAUGCGAGGCUUCGAUAUCAUCAGUGUCGAGAGGAUUCAGAACAAAGCUCUAUGGGAAGUCUUCCAGUGGCAGAAGAAUCAGAUGAAGACCAACAAAGGAGGGGGCGCUGUGAUGGAAAGGAAGCUUUUUCAUGGCACUGACAAUAAAUACGUGGAGGCCAUCUGCCUCAACAACUUCGACUGGAGAGUCUGUGGAGUUAAUGGAACCGCUUUUGGCAAAGGUAGCUACUUUGCACGGGACGCCAAGUACUCCCACAACUACACAGGCGACAAUGAUGUCAAAACCAUGUUCGUCUCACGGGUGCUGGUUGGAGACUAUACCAAAGGGGACUCUGACUACCGUCGACCCCCUUCCAAAGACGGCGGAGACAUAAACUUCUUUGACAGCUGCGUUGACAACGUUAUGAGUCCCUCCAUAUUUGUUGUGUUCGAGAAGCACCAGAUCUACCCCGAGUAUCUGCUACAGUACAAGACCACAGCACCACAAUAUGACGUAUUCGGUGGUGCGACAGGGUGGGCAUCGAACCCUGUACCGGCACCGAAGCCAGCACCGGCUCCCAAACCAGCACCCAUUUUGAAACCAACGCCAGCACCGAGACCUGCUGUCCAGAGCACACCAGUCUAUCAACACAACACAGUGUCACACCCACUCGCCUCGCCAGUUUAUCAGCACAGCACAUCCUCAUACCAAUCCAGCACAUCCUCAUACCGGCCCAGCGCCUCGUCUUACCAAUCCAGCACCUCGUCUUGGCAAUCCCAAUACAAUUCACCAGUUUCUCGUGGCACGUCGUCCUCUUUGUACCGAUCUUCUCAGUUUUCUCCACCUUCCUCACCAAGCCCACCGCCAAAGAAGCAAACUAAUUCCUGUGUCAUUGCUUAGGGACGAUGGUGAAGUGAGGGUAGAUGUUGUUUCUGAAAUAGAUAAUAGCAUUUGAAGGAGCUUGAUGCUUUGGGUUAUUGGGCGAACAGCUUAACAUAGCCACAAUAUCAGCUAAAAUAUACAAACAUGUGGCAGUCUAACGUAAUGUGCUUAUUACUAUGGAAGGCCAAAUAGCAUUGAAAUCAUUAAUCAUAAAUUGCACUUAGAAGUAAACACUAGUGACAGCUGCUGUGCUGUACAGUAGCCCAUUAAGUUUCCAUCCAACUCUUAAACAUAUACCACCAAAUCCCAAACAGAUAACAUGAACUGGUGUGUUUUUCCAUCCACUCCUGUUAAUAAUAAACAGACGGUAGCGCUAACGCCACAGCCUGAUGGGAUUAAACCAUUUUAGGCUUAAUUCUAAACAUGAACAAUAUAGAAAACUUAAUUGAAAUGGUUGGCACAGUGAAUAUGUAAGAAACAUGGUACUACGAUUUAUUCACUACCCGCGUUUCUAUUGCACUUGGUAGAGUUUCGUUUUUGUCGAUGCACCACUUUUUACACGUCAAAUAAAUCUUAAAAAAAAAAAAAAAAGGCUGUUUUGUCCCAGCCUUUCCGCUCAGGUUUUUUUUCAACGAAAAAUAUGCAUUAAAAAUGCUGACGGAGGGUUGGUGCAGCGCAUGUCACACUACUUUAAAGAAGUCGGUGUGGUAAAAAGCAACGGUUGGCUAACCGUAUGGCAAACGUUCCCGAGUGUAGUUUUUAAAAUCUUGCUCAGGAAGUUGUAGAAUUAAAAACACAUGAUGCACUGUUAAAUACGUCACUGUGUCAGAUACUGCUGCAGUGGAGUCACAUAGAUAGGGCUGCACUGGCUCAGCUGAGACACAUGACAGAAUACACAUUGGUACCCGACCAAUCACUGCUCGCUGUUUUCUACGAUUUGUGUGAAUGCAUCGGGAAUCAACUUCUGGAAACAAGUAAACAAACAUAUGCAUCACAAGCAGUGUGUAUGACACUGGCUGAAAAAUAUAAAUGAGAAAAACACUAUGCAUCCGUCAAGUUGCACAGAAGUGGCAGUACGGUGGUUCGUCUGUCCUGUAGACUGACCGUCACGUUGCCAUGUUUACCAUAUUGUGCACCGUAGAGCGCUUUUAGCUCCUAUUGGUUAACGUCAUCGUUGCGAUACAACGUAAAAAAUCAAACAGAAGAAAAUCGAGGGCUGCGCCGGAUGCAGCAUCGUCAGCAAUGGUAAAUGUUCGCAACACAGCCUCUACCAACCAGUAGAGGGCGACACAAUACCUGCUGACAGUCAAAAAUGGAAAGUUAACGCUUUUACUCACAAAAUGAAGAUGAAUGAGGCUUCGUAGAGUGUUGAGUAGAUUACUAGUUUUGCACAUGUUUAGCGUUGUUCGUUUGCAGAUUUUGUGCUGAGUGUUCUGAUUUCACCACAACAAGAAAAACAACAAAAAAAUGCAUUUUUCUUUGAAAUCAUGUGUUAACACUGUUGAUUUUGUGCUUUGAAAAUCAAUAAAUGUUAGAUUCAUGUCACUGGCA